AUGGAUGAUACUCAAGAACAAGAACGGAAAAAAUUGAAUCACGACCUGCCUAUUUCAACAUCCCUUGGGCCGUGGAUCUCAAGUGAAAUAGAUAGAAAGAUUGGCGCUUUCUUUGCUCGUGAAGCAGGUUUCACUAGCGUUACUCCUUCUGCAUAUGAAGCGCUAGGGAAUUUAUUGGGUUUAUACCUUGGCAAUAUAAUCAAAACUACACGGGCCUACGCUGAGCUUGCGUGCAGAGCGCAACCAAAUAUUAAUGAUAUAGAGAAAAGUCUUAAGGAUUGGAAUAUCAGGACGGGUGCACUUGAAGACCAUAUGGAAAAGUGUCGAGCAAAGGAAAAUUAUCGCGCUUUUGCUUCAAAAUUCUUAUCAUCAUUACAACCAAGAUCAUCAGCUAUAGAGUCUUCAACUAUAUUCGUUCCUGAAGAUAUAAUAUUGGAAGGUGAAGAGGAGAACUUCGAUGGAUCAAAUAAUAACAAGCGAUCAAGAAAUUUAUUUACGUCAUCGACUCAUACAUUUCGGCCGAAUUACGUACCAUUAUAUAUGCCCCCUUUCCCAAGCAAACAUUCAUAUAAAAAAACACCACGACAUGAGAAUGACCCCGUAAAAUUUCGAGAAUCGAGUUUAACUCAGGUGAAAUUAGUCGAGAAAAGUCUGCGGCGACUUGCAGAGCAUCAUGAGAAUCCAAAAGAUCAAACCAUUAUUCAAUUGAGUAUUCCGGAUUCACCAUCUUCAUCUUCGACUGUUGUGUCAGCUAACUCUUCGCCUUCGGAUUACGACAAAUCAUUGAUAUCAACAUCGAUUUCAACUUUUGAUUCAGCGAUUUUGCAUGCAAGCACUAACAAGAGCAAUCCUAUAACAUUGAACAAAUCUAUUAAUAAUAGUUUUAAGAAACGAAAGAAUGUUCAAACAUCUUGGGAAGAGUUGAAUGAUUAG